CCCGGAAGUUUAUGUCUGCAAAUCCAGCGGCAUGCUUGAGUCAAUGCGGUUUAGAUAAAUUAAGUACACUGACAGAGCACAAGCUAUACCGAUAAUGUCUUCGAAAAAGAAAACCAAAGGGAAACUUGGAAAAGGUGGUGGCGAGGACAGCGGUUUAGGACAAAAUGUUUCGUUGGAGAGGAACAUCGUUGCUGGUUCUGAAGAGGAGGUGGAUUGUGGUGUUAGUUUUGUACCACGCUUGUCACUGACGAUCACAGACUUCUUGGAUAAAGCUGAUGACAAAGUUCCAAAGGCUUCCAGGCGAUUUCUUGUGCAGCUAAGCCUGAGCAGUAUGAAAUCAGCCAACAUUAGUAUCGGAAGGCCGGUGUUAAUAUCCAGCAGCGGCAAUAGGCAAGAGGUGUGCACAGCUUGGCCGGUUGAAAGCUUCCCUGGUGGGAAAAUUGGAAUAAAUGGGGAUACACAGAAGAGUCUUAAGGUUAACAUUGGUGAUGUUGUAAUUGUUCAGCCUGUCACCGGUCCUGUACUGCAGGCUGAAAAAGUUCAUUUAAAAAUGAGGAAAAAGCUUGAUUUUCAAAAAAGUGAGGAAUUCACUGAUUUUUUUCUAAGAUGUACAGAUCAGAAAAUUGUUCUGCCUUCAAAUAUUUUAAAUAUAAUAUUUUUUGGUCACCCUUGUAGUUUUGAAAUAAUUAAAAUAAAGGGUAUCGAUGGCACAAUACUUGAAAAAAGUCCUGAUUACCUUUCAAAUGACUUGGAAACCAAUGUAACAGAAAAAUCUAAUUUUGAUACAAGUGAUGGGGACAUAUCACUUCGAUUAAGUUAUUUAAGUAUCGACAAUGAUGAAAAUGGACCAUUAGCAAGCACACCCUGCAAGUUAGUUACACAAGAUGAGGAAUCUAUGACUCUGAAAAAUGGAGAAGAUCCUAGUUUGUUUUGUGUUAAAACUGAAGAAGCCAGCAAGCCUAUCAUUCAGAAAAUGAAUGAAAUGCAGGGGCAUCAAAAAUCUGAGCUACCUGUGGGAGGAAGAGUUCCCAGCAGCACUUUUUAUUACAUAUGUUCACUUACAGCCAUACAAUUUGAGGAACAGGACUUUAAUAGCAAAAAUAAAGAAGACUUUCAGCCCAGAGUUACUUACAGUAUGAUUGGAGGACUAAAACAUCAGUUAAAUUCUAUAAGAGAAACCAUUGAACUGCCCUUGAAGCAUCCAGAUGUGUUUAAUAUGUAUGGUGUUCCCCCACCAAGGGGAGUCUUGUUGUAUGGGCCUCCAGGAACAGGGAAGACCAUGAUAGCCAGAGCAGUGGCUAAUGAAAUAGGUGCUUAUAUUGCUGUCAUCAAUGGGCCAGAAAUCAUGAGCAAAUUUUAUGGAGAAACUGAAGCAAAGUUGAGGAAUAUUUUCUUUGAGGCUUCUCAGAGUCCACCAGCAAUUAUUUUCAUUGAUGAAUUAGAUGCAUUAUGUCCAAAGAGGGAAGGAGCACAAAAUGAAGUUGAGAAGAGAGUUGUAGCUUCACUGCUUACUCUGAUGGAUGGUAUUGGUUCGGAAGAACACUUGGGGCGGCUUCUUGUUCUUGGAGCUACAAAUCGCCCACAUGCUUUAGAUUCUGCACUUCGUAGACCUGGUCGCUUUGACAAGGAAAUUGAAAUUGGAAUUCCAAAUGCACAAGACAGACUUGAUAUUUUGAAAAAGUUGCUGACUAAUGUACCCCAUUUACUCUCUGAAGAGGAUUUGAUGCAUCUAGCUGACUGUGCUCAUGGCUAUGUUGGAGCAGAUCUUGCUGCUUUAUGCAAAGAAGCAGGACUAACUGCUUUACGUCGUGGUAUAGGUAAAGAUACUCAACCUUUAGAUAUGCAAGUUGUGGGAUCAGUGGCUGUCAAUUUUAAUGACUUUGAACAAGCAGUGAACAAUGUGAAACCAAGUGCCAUGAGAGAAGUUGCAAUUGAUGUUCCAAAGGUUAGAUGGGGUGAUAUUGGAGGGAUGGAAGCAGUAAAACUCAAGUUAAAACAGGCUGUGGAAUGGCCGAUAAAACAUCCUGAGUCUUUCAGACGAAUGGGAAUUCAACCUCCAAAAGGCAUUCUUCUCUAUGGGCCCCCAGGAUGCUCUAAGACUUUGAUUGCUAAAGCUUUAGCCAAUGAAAGUGGACUUAAUUUCUUAGCCAUAAAGGGACCUGAGCUACUAAGUAAAUAUGUUGGUGAAUCUGAAAGAGCUGUAAGAGAGAUAUUCAGAAAAGCUAAAGCAGUUUCUCCAGCAAUUCUUUUUUUUGAUGAAAUUGAUGCCUUGGCUGUUGAAAGAGGAAGUUCUUCAGGAAGUGGAAAUGUUGCAGAUCGCGUACUUGCACAGCUACUUACAGAAAUGGAUGGAAUUGAACAGCUUCAGGAUGUUACAAUUUUAGCAGCUACUAACCGCCCAGAUAUGAUAGACAAGGCUCUGAUGCGACCAGGAAGGAUUGAUCAAAUAAUCUAUGUGCCUUUGCCAGAUGAAGCCACACGCAGAGAAAUUUUCAAAUUACACUUGAGAAACAUGCCUGUUUCUGAAGAAGUCUGCCUUGACAACCUGGUGAACUCAACAAAGAAAUACUCUGGAGCUGAGAUUACAGCACUGUGUAAAGAAGCCGCCCUCCUGGCAUUACAGGAGAAUAUUGAAGCAAAAACUAUCCUAGCAAAACAUUUUCAUCAUGCCUUAGAAAUUGUGACUCCAAGAAUCCCAGAUUCCCUCAUUCAGUUUUACAACACAUAUGCAAGUGAAAGUGGUUUACAUGCGCUCUGAUGAUAUUAUAAAAUUCCUUAUUAUGUUUAAUACUAACAUUCAAAUGGAUCCUACAGAUGAACAGGCACUGAUGAUUUGGCAGUACUGGUCAUUCUUUAGCUGUUCAAAAUUGUACAUAAAGUUAGCAGCUUAUCACUCACUAAGCAGUAUCAUAACCAUUUACCAAACAGAGAGAAUGCAGUUACUGUAAUAUGACACAUUUAAGUACAUGUAAGUACAUUUCAGAUUUCAGUUAAAUAGUUACAUGUGUUGUCAAUAAAAAUUUCUGUAUAAUUGAAAGCCAUGUGGAAUUCUGCAGUAUUACAGGUCUUGCUAGUCACUAUCAAGUGUCAGAUAUGAAAUGUUUAAAUACAGGCUUUUUUUUUUGAUCAGUGAGUGGUUGUUAAGGUUUUAUUGGAGUGCCUUUUUCACUAAUAAAUCAAUCAGUUGGUUUACAUCCUUGUGAACAAAAUUAUUUGUUUUAUAUGUUUGGAAAAUAUUAAAAUGUUUUACAUUAAAAAUAUGAAACUUAAAUUGUGUUUUGUUCUUUUUUUUUCUUCUUCUGUGUAUGUUAUCUGCGACUGAAAGGCUGCAAGUCCUAAAAAACGGGAUCUGAAUAAUGGGCUAUAACACUGCACAUGGAACAUGCUUCAAUGCAGCUUUCUUGCUUUACAUAGGAAUUACAGUUUAGAGGUGUGACAGCAUGUGAUAUGCCUUACCUGACGUCUUUCUAUUCAAAGAACUCUGAUAAAGGACACUACUUCACGGUACAUGUCAUUGUUUCAAAG